GUAGAGACCGGGGCGCUCCGCCGCUGUCAGCGCCGUCAGUCGGGCCGUCAGGGAGGCGAGGCGGUGGGUGGCUGAGGAGAAGGAGAAGGAGGAGGAGGAGGAGGAGGAGGAAGCUGCUGCCGCCGCUCCCUUCUUCCCUCCUUUCUCCGUCCCCGGCGGCCGUGUUUCCCGAUGGGGGAGAAGCAGCGGCAGGCGCAGCAGGAGCCGGAGCCGGAGCCGGAGCGGCGGCGGCGGCGGGGCAGGUGCAGCGGCGGCGGGCUCAGCCUCCGCCGGGCCGGAGCGUGAAGCGGACCCCUUCCCCUCUCCCCCUCCGGCUCCCCCGGCCAUGGGAGACCCGGCCCCCGCCCGCAGCCUGGACGACAUCGACCUGUCCGCCCUGCGGGACCCGGCCGGCAUCUUUGAGUUGGUGGAGGUGGUCGGCAAUGGCACCUACGGGCAAGUGUAUAAGGGUCGCCAUGUCAAGACCGGGCAGCUGGCAGCCAUCAAGGUCAUGGAUGUCACAGAGGAUGAGGAAGAGGAGAUUAAGCAGGAGAUUAACAUGUUGAAGAAAUACUCCCACCAUCGCAACAUCGCCACCUACUAUGGGGCCUUUGUCAAGAAGAGCCCCCCCGGGAACGACGACCAGCUCUGGUUGGUCAUGGAGUUCUGUGGGGCCGGCUCCGUGACCGACCUGGUGAAGAACACGAAAGGCAACGCCCUGAAGGAGGACUGCAUCGCCUACAUCUGCAGGGAGAUACUCAGGGGCCUGGCCCACCUGCAUGCGCACAAGGUGAUCCACCGGGACAUCAAGGGCCAGAACGUGUUGUUGACCGAGAACGCCGAAGUCAAACUGGUCGACUUUGGUGUGAGUGCCCAGCUGGACCGCACGGUGGGCAGGAGGAACACGUUCAUUGGGACGCCCUACUGGAUGGCCCCCGAGGUCAUCGCCUGUGACGAGAACCCCGACGCCACCUAUGACUACCGGAGCGACAUUUGGUCCUUGGGCAUCACAGCCAUUGAGAUGGCGGAGGGCGCACCCCCUCUGUGUGACAUGCACCCCAUGCGGGCCCUUUUCCUCAUCCCCCGCAACCCUCCGCCCAAGCUCAAGUCCAAGAAAUGGUCCAAGAAGUUCAUCGACUUCAUCGACACGUGUCUCAUCAAGACGUACCUGAACCGCCCCCCGACCGAGCAGCUGCUCAAAUUCCCCUUCAUCCGGGACCAGCCGACAGAGCGCCAGGUCCGCAUCCAGCUCAAGGACCACAUCGACCGCUCCCGCAAGAAGCGGGGCGAGAAGGAUGAGACUGAGUACGAAUACAGUGGCAGCGAGGAGGAGGACGACAGCCACGGGGAGGAAGGGGAACCCAGCUCCAUCAUGAACGUGCCCGGGGAAUCCACGCUGCGCCGGGAGUUCCUGCGGCUGCAGCAGGAGAACAAGAGCAACUCGGAGGCCCUGAGGAGACAGCAGCAGCAGCAGCUGCAGCAGCUGCAGCGCGACCCCGAGGCCCACAUCAAACACCUCCUGCACCAGCGCCAGCGGCGCAUCGAGGAGCAGAAGGAGGAGCGGCGGCGGGUGGAGGAGCAACAGCGGCGAGAGCGGGAGCAGCGGAAGCUGCAGGAGAAGGAGCAGCAGCGGCGGCUGGAGGACAUGCAGGCCCUGCGGCGGGAGGAGGAGCGGAGGCAGGCCGAGCGCGAGCAGGAGUACAAGCGGAAGCAGCUGGAGGAGCAGAGGCAGUCCGAGCGGCUCCAGCGGCAGCUGCAGCAGGAGCAUGCCUACCUCAAGUCGCUGCAGCAGCAGCAGCAGCUCCAGAAGCAGCAGCAGCAGCCGCAACCGCAGCAGCCGCAAUCACAGCCCCAACCCCAGCCGCCGGCGGCCCAGUCCGGGACCCCCGGAGACAAGAAGCCGCUCUACCACUACAGCCGCGGGGGCAACCCUGCCGACAAGCCGGCCUGGGCCCGAGAGGUGGAGGAGAGGACCAGGAUGAACAAACAGCAGAACUCGCCCCUGGUCAAGGCCAAGCCAGGGCCGGAGGGCCCACCCGCCCAGCCCCCCGUGGGGCCCCCCGGCUCCACCUCCCAGACACCCCCCAUGCAGCGGCCCGUGGAGCCCCAGGAAGGACCGCACAAGAGUCUGGUAGCCCACCGGGUGCCCCUGAAGCCCUACGCGGCCCCGGUCCCGCGCUCCCAGUCCCUGCAGGACCAGCCCACCCGCAAUCUGGCCGCCUUCCCCGCCCACGACCCCGCCGGCCCGCCCCCCGCCCGCGGGGCCGUCAUCCGCCAGAAUUCCGACCCCACGUCCGAGGGGCCCGGGCCCGGACCCGCCCCACCCCCCCAGCCCUGGGCCCGGUCUGACCCCAACAGCGAGGCGCCCCCCAAGGUGCCUCAGCGGACCUCGUCCAUCGCCACGGCGCUCAACACCAGCGGUGCUGCUAACUCCCGCCCGGCCCAGGCCGUCCGUGCCAGCAACCCCGACCUGCGGCGAAGCGAGCCGGGCUGGGAGCGAGCAGACAGCCUCCUGCCGGCCCACGGACACCUGCCCCAGGCAGGAUCGCUGGAGCGCAACCGUGUGGGAGCCUCCUCCAAGCCGGAGAGCGUUCCCAUCCUGCCCCCUGGGAACAAAGAGAAGGGCGAGGACCACCGCUCUCGGCCAGGCCGGCCCGCCAGCUAUAAGCGAGCAAUCGGCGAGGACUUUGUGCUGCUCAAGGAGAGGACGGACGAGGCCCCCCGACCCCCGAAGAAAGCCAUGGACUACUCGUCCUCCAGUGACGAGAUGGAGAGCAGCGAAGAGGAGGAGGAGGAAGAGGAGGGGGAGGGGGAGCGCUCAGAGGAGAGCAGGGACACGCCGGGGACCCGGGACGGGGACACGGACAGUGUCAGCACCAUGGUGGUUCACGACGUGGAGGAGCUGCCCGGGGCCCAGACCCCCUAUGGAGACGGCACCAUGGUGGUCCAGCGGACCCCCGAGGAAGAGCGCGGUCUGAUCCACGCCGACAGCAACGGCUACACCAACCUGCCCGACGUGGUACAGCCCAGCCAGUCGCCCACCGAGGGGACCAAGGGGUCCGGCUCCCCCGCCAAGGACGGAGGAGGCGGCGGUGAUUACCAGUCGCGGGGACUGGUCAAGGCCCCAGGGAAGAGCUCCUUCACGAUGUUUGUGGAUUUGGGCAUCUAUCAGCCGGGGGGCUCCGGGGACACCAUCCCCAUCACGGCCCUGGUCGGCGGUGAGGGCGGGCGCCUGGAGCAGCUGCAGUACGAGGCGCGGAAGGGCUCAGUGGUGAACGUCAACCCCACCAACACGCGGCCCCACAGCGACACCCCCGAGAUCCGCAAGUACAAGAAACGCUUCAACUCCGAGAUCCUCUGCGCCGCCCUCUGGGGGGUGAACCUCCUGGUGGGCACGGAGAGCGGGCUGAUGCUGCUGGACCGCAGUGGGCAGGGCAAGGUGUACGGGCUCAUCGGCCGCCGGCGCUUCCAGCAGAUGGACGUGCUGGAGGGGCUCAACCUGCUCAUCACCAUCUCUGGGAAACGGAACAAGCUGCGGGUGUACUACCUGUCGUGGCUGCGGAACAAGAUCCUGCACAACGACCCCGAGGUGGAAAAGAAGCAGGGCUGGACCACCGUGGGGGACAUGGAGGGCUGCGGCCACUACCGCGUCGUGAAGUACGAGCGCAUCAAGUUUCUGGUGAUCGCCCUCAAGAGUUCGGUGGAGGUGUACGCCUGGGCUCCCAAGCCCUACCACAAGUUCAUGGCCUUUAAGUCCUUCGCAGAUCUCCCGCACCGCCCCCUGCUGGUGGACCUGACCGUGGAGGAGGGCCAGCGGCUCAAAGUCAUCUACGGCUCCAGCGCCGGCUUCCAUGCCGUGGAUGUGGACUCGGGGAACAGCUAUGACAUCUACAUCCCCGUGCACAUCCAGAGCCAGGUGACCCCCCACGCCAUCAUCUUCCUGCCCAACGCAGACGGCAUGGAGAUGCUGCUCUGCUACGAGGACGAGGGCGUCUACGUCAACACCUACGGGCGCAUCAUCAAGGACGUGGUGCUGCAGUGGGGGGAGAUGCCCACUUCCGUGGCCUACAUCUGCUCCAACCAGAUCAUGGGUUGGGGAGAGAAGGCCAUCGAGAUCCGCUCCGUGGAGACCGGACACCUGGACGGCGUCUUCAUGCACAAGCGGGCCCAGCGCCUCAAGUUCCUCUGUGAGCGCAAUGACAAGGUCUUCUUCGCCUCGGUCCGCUCGGGCGGCAGCAGCCAGGUCUACUUCAUGACCCUCAAUCGGAACUGCAUCAUGAACUGGUGAGGGGCUCCCACCCCGGGCCCUCACACACACCCCAUGGACCGGUGACGGGCCCCUGCCGGGGACCUCGCUGGACCCUCCCCACCCUCACGCCCCCGCCCUCCCACCCCAUGAACUGGUGAUGGGGCCCGGCUGGAACCUUCCCCCCCCGCCCCCCAACCCCGUGAACUAGUGAGGGCCCCCAGCCAGUGGACCUCACUGGCCCCAUCCCCAACUCCCCCCGGCCCGGGGACCUCACCAGCCGGCCCCCCGCCCCUUGCUUCCCCCGGUUUGAUUCACUGGAGCCCGCUGGGAGCGGGCCGCCGGAUGCUUCUGUGAUCACGUGACCCGCCCCUCCCCAAAGGAGCUGAGCAGGCCCUGCCCCUGCCCCCCCCACCCCCUCCAACCCCAAGGGGAAACCCCUGGGAGCCUUCCCCGCAACACACGCUGCUGCUGUUGUGGGGUGGAGUCUCGGGCCCCCUUCCCCCAAGAGGAACCCCUCGGGUCUCCUCUCAACACCCGCUGCUGAUGUUGGCAGCAGAGCCUCCUCCUCCCUCCCCCCAACGCUUUGCACGCCGGGGGGGCCGGCCCCCCCCCAUGAAUGUACCCAACCCGGGGUGGGGGGUGGGAGGGGACCGUUUCCUCUGUCAUUCUCUGAAAGCACUUUAACGCCCCCAACCCCGGGACAGGGGUGGAGCCUGGGGGGCUCCCCGCCAGCCAAACGUGCCCCCUUUCCUCCCCCUGUCCCCUAGAGGCCUGGCCCUUGCUUGCAUCUGUAUAUAGUGUGAGCAGCAAGAAGCCCCCCAUUCCCUCUUGCCCUUCGCCCCCCCCCCCGCCCCCCCAAUGUAGUGGCCUUGGAAUCCUCAUUUGUUAAUAAAGAUUCAAUUGAGCCA